AUGGUUCAAUUCUCCCUCACCUCGGUUGUUCUCCUGGCGAGCAGCCUCUUUUCCACGGGCACCUUCGCGGCCCAGUCCAACGGCUGCGGCAGUGUCAAUGCCACCCUGGUUUCCGGCACGCACAACAUCAGCGUCGGUGGCCUCCAGAGGCAGUACAUCCUCAAGCUUCCCGACGGAUACGACGGCAAGACUCCCAAGAAGCUCAUCUUUGCUUGGCACUGGCGCUACAGCAAAAUGGAGGACGUGGCCAACGGCGUGAGCAUUCAGCCUUGGUACGGCCUCGAGUCCCGCGCCAAGGGGUCCGCCAUCUUUGUAGCCCCCAACGGCAUCGACCAGGGAUGGUCCAACGACAACGGCCGCGACGUCAACUUCAUGGACGCCAUGCAAAAGGAGCUCGAGGCCGGCCUGUGCAUCGAUACCGAUCAGCGCUUCAGCACGGGCUUUUCGUACGGUGGUGCCAUGACCUUCGCCCUCGCCUGCGCCCGGGCCAGCGUCUUCAAGGCCGUGGCUAUCAUUGAUGCAGGACAGGUCAGCGGAUGUGAGGGCGGUAAUGACCCGCUCAACUUCCUGCAGUUCCAUGGAACUGAAGACACCAUCUUCCCCAUGUCCCAGGCCACACAGCUCAAGGAUAGGUUCAUCAAGAACAACGGCUGCCAGUCAAAGGACGUCACACUCGCCGGCAACAGCACCCAGAGCGCAGAGACAGACUUCACCUGCACCAAGAAGAAGCUUUCCUUCGUCAGCUUUGUCGGCGGUCACGUCGGCGCACCCCUAGGACAGCAGAGCUCCCUUGCUCCGGAUACCACCUGGAACUUCUUCACCAGCUCUACUUAA